CUUCCCUUGUCGGUUUGGCUACAGAGUGGGACAGUGGGUACAGUAUUUGGCACAUAGAGUUCUUAAACACCCACACCCAAAUCUUGCUGAUUUCAAUGCAACACAGUAUGAGCCAACUCCGCCGAGCGCUUUUCUUCGCUCCCCGCAAUGUUAUCUCCUCGGCUCUUGCCACUGGCAUUCAUUCAUCGCCAUCGAUCCACUCCCUAGUUGAUCUCAAAGUAAAUUCCCACCGACUUCUCAAAUAUCCGUGGUCCACAGCCCAAUAUAGAGGCUUUAAAUUGAACGGUGCCGAUGUGAAGCCAGGGAAUGUUAUUCAGAGAAAAGGAAAGAUUUAUCAGGUGGUGAAGGCUCAACAUACUUCACAAGGAAGAGGAGGAGCUAUUGUUCAGGUAGAGCUGCGGGACGUUGAUAGUGGAACCAAAGUGAAUGAGAGAUUCCGUACUGAUGAGGCAAUUGAGAGGGUAUUUGCUACAGAAAGGACUUUUACAUACCUCUAUACUGAUGAUGAAACUGGAAAUAUUGUGUUAAUGGAACCUGAUACAUAUGCACAGCUGGAUGUACCACGACAUCUGUUUGGUAACUCUUAUGUCUACCUUCAAGAUGAUAUGAGAGUGAGUGUGCAGCUGUAUGAUGAAAGGCCGAUGUCAGCAUCUAUUCCUUCGCGUGUAACAUGCACUGUUGCUGAAACUCAAAUUCAAGUGAAGGGUGCUUCAGUUACUCCUCAGUACAAGAGGGCUGUUUUGGACAAUGGUCUUACUAUCAUGGUGCCAGGACACAUCUUAUCAGGGGACAAGAUAGUAGUCAGCACCACCGACAACACUUACAUGUACAAGGCUUAGAGUGACUGGUCUGCCAAACAUCUCGCUUUACUAGAGUGACUAAUAAUAUUAUUCACAUGGGAUAAUCCUUCCCACCACCAUUUUCUUACUUUCUAUUUAUAGAUUAUUGCUUUUACCAUUAUAUAGAAUUCAUUUUAAUUCUUACCAAGUACAUGGAUCUCUGAAAAAUGCAUGCACAUCUGAUUAAAUACUUGACUUUCUAUUGUCAAGUAUUUAUUACACAUUGAUCCGUUAAAAUUUUAGUAUCAAACGAGAAGUCACAGUGUUAGCUUCCAGCCUUCCAGCCUUCCACUCAACUUUUGAUGGUUUUCACUUUUUA